AUCAUAGCUUUGACGCAGCCAAAAUAAGGUCAACGAACUUUCGCUUCGUGGUCGUUUUCGAGAAGGAAUCACCGACGAAGUUUUCGAUUUUAUUCGCUAUUUUUCAGGAUAGUUUGAUCUAAAUUGUUUGAAAACCAAUCGACAAAAUGGCAAUGGCCAACCUGUUUAGAUCCAGAGUGCUGCUGACAAGUCCACGCCUGAUGAGCAGUGCAUUUCUGAAGUCGCCAUACCAAGCCAAUUCACCUGCCAUGCUGAACACAUUUCACACCACCCACCACAAUAACAGUGCUGGUUUACUUCCAUCCAAGCACUGGAAUGCUGAGAGAGUUUUAUCCGUUGGUCUGAUAGGGAUCAUCCCAGCUGCUUUCCUCAUUCAGAACCCAGCAUUAGACUAUGCCCUCGCUGCAAGCCUUGUGUUACAUGGUCAUUGGGGAAUGGAGCAGGUCUUCUUGGAUUACAUCCACGGCGAGACGAUGUCAAAGGUCGCAAAUGCCUCCCUCACCGCCAUCUCAGCAUUAUCUUUUGCCGGUCUCUGCUACUUCAACUAUAACGAUGUCGGCCUCACCAAAGCAGUCAUGAUGCUUUGGUCAUAGUGGAAUCCACCCAUAAUAACUGUAAAUGCUUCUCAUAUUGAAUGACAUGGAUUUCAUAAAUUUACCCUUUAGUUAACUGUGCUCUGUCUAACCAGGUGCAUUUUCCCUGUUCUAUUUUCCUAGCAAUUUUCUUACAUCUUUUGAGCAAUACUAUCUCUCGGAAGUGGGUUAGACCCGGCAAAUAUUGGUUAACCCUUUCUAUGUCUUCUUCAUCAGUCACCCAUCAACUUCUUCACAUAUUCUGUGGGUAUUGUGGCCAGUAAGUCUGACAACUGCUCACAGAGUGCCAGUGAGCUCUAUUUGUUUUUUGCGGUAAAAAAUGUCUUAUCUAAAAAAUGAAUGGAGUGAUAGAUAAUAUAAUAUUUUCUGAAUUGGGUGACUUUUUCCUUCUUUUGUUCAUACCUCGUGAUACUUUAUUCUGAAUCCAUCUGCUAAUUUUGCAACUUAACACAAGGAAUUUUUUUUUUCUUGGGGCAAGUUUCCCUUUGCCCCUAGUUUAGUGCAUUAUUUUUGUUUGGCCGGGGGGGGGGGGGGGGGGGUUAGUAAUCUCAACAGACUCUUGCAGCACUGUUUAAAAUUUUUAAAAAAAGAUGGAAUUUGCAAUGCCAAGUUUUUAAGAGCAUUUUCUUUGUAAAUCUGAAAUAGUUAUUUCAAAGACAAAAUGAAAUGAAUCUACUCAAUUCAUUUUGGAAUAAUGCAUCUACAUGUAUGUUUUGCUCUUUCUUAUUCUUUAUAACAACUUUUAUGUCAUGUGUUACCUUUUUCUGUGUCAACAAUAGUGUUAUGAGUGUGUUUUCAAUUAACUUUGUAAUUUGCUUUGUUAACAUUCAGCAUAAAAAUACCAAGACAGUUUUUUUUUCUUGGAAAUAUGAAUGUCUCCAGUAGGCCCUUUCACGUACUGCUGUGUAACGCUACUCUUUGAGGUCAUACCUUUUUUGCUGGUUUAUAGACUUUUAAUAGGCAAUGCUAGUCCUUUGAAACUUGGAUGUAUACAGAUUAAAUUUGCAGCCAUUUAACACCAUCAAAAUGAUAGGAACUUCCAAUUUGGAAGCAGUCUACAAUAUGCAAGCACGAUCCAUUGAAAACGAUUACACUGAAGCUGAAUGAAUUAUUACACAGUAAUAUGUGAAAGGGUCAUAGAUGUUGCAACAUUUUGGCAAUGCCAAUAUAUUUCCUGCAAUCAAGAUUAAUGUCUUUGCAACAAAUGAAAAUAUAGCAGAAUGUUCCCACAUUCUGGCUUUUCUUCAAGAAUUGUAGACAAAUGAUAACAAUUAUCUAUGCCGAUUUCUACUACGAAAAACCCAAACCACUCUGGUUAUAUGUUCAAUAUUUGCUUUUCAAAGUCGUAAAUUUUGAUUGCUUACAUAUGUCCUUGGAUCUUCAGUUCAUUGUCUUCAAUUCAUGACACACAUACGUGUUCUCAUGUUCAAGUAUAAAAUUGAGGGGCACUAUAAUUUUCAUGAUGUUUGCUAGCUCUGUAUUCCCCCUCAUACGAUUAUGUCUAUUUACACACAUAGCCACUCAAAUCUGAGAAUGAUUCAAUUCAGCACUUUUGAGUUGAAUUAGAUUUCACAGCUGCAAGUGGUCCCCCCUCCCCCGAGAUCAACCAGUAUGUAAAUUUUGAAAGGUAAAAUCUUUACUGACAACAGAAAUGUGUACGAAUUGGGAAAAAUUUGACUAAGGAAAUGAUAAAUAACAGAUGUUAUACAUGUAGUUUAUUUGCAUUAGCUGCUCUGAUAAUGCCUUGUCUUGGGUGGACACUUGAUUUAUGGGAAGUUGACUUACAUUACCUGAUGAAGCCCUUGUCUGCAGUAUUGUGUUUUAUCGCAAAACAGAAAAUUAUGAAUAAUAUUAUGAUUUACUUAGAAAAUCAAAUUUCUUCAGUGAUAGAAUGAAGCCAAACAUUUGUGUGACACAUGCAAUUUUAUGAUUAUUAUUAGAGUGUUAAUAUGAAAAAUGAGUUGGAAUAUUAAAAUCACUAAAUAUUCAGGUGGUGUAUUGCCUAUGGUUAAUAGUAGCAUGCCAGCGUUGGCAAUGGUUGCCGACUGUAGUUGGGAAAAUUAAGCAUUAAAAAAAGUCAAGUUUUUCCCCCCAUAUGACAUAACCCAUAUCAAAUAUGUAAUAAAUCAUAUUGAUAAUUAAACAUGUUACCCACAUGAAACAUGUUAUAGAUGUAAAAAGUUAGCACUAUCCUCUCCCGCUAACUUGUCUUGUAUGUAUUUGCCUGCUGCAUUAUAUAACUAUUUGUUUGCAUUCACGUUACAUGUAUUUCAUGAUUAUAUAUGACACUGCUGAAACGCAAUAAAUAAUAUUACAGUAUUUACCUGCCUUCCCUCUUAAAGAGUAAACAUUCAUAAAUUCUUUAUAUUAAUUUAACCUUCAAGCAGUUGUUAUACUUCUCAGAUAGUCAGAUAACACUACACGGGCUAGAACUACUGCAGUUGGUUGACUAUUUGGUCCUAUUGCAAUUUGAUCAACACUACGCAUGGUUUAAUACCCAUGUAUACUAAAUUCUAAUGUAACCUAAAGCUCUGUUGUAAUUUCCUUCUUGUCUAGAUGUAUGUUUUACUUUCUCAGAUAAAAAUUUGAUUCGUAAACAGUUCAUCUACCUGUAUAGACUAAGUGGCCCGUUUUCUGAAGUCGGGGCUUAAUUUAACCCAGGCCUGCUUUAAUUGAAUUAAUCUGGGUAUAUGAUUAUAGUUGCAAUCAAUUUUCUUUUUAAUGGGGUUCCUGAAUUGCCAGGGCAUCAUAUUUGCUCAAUAUGUAUUAUAAAUGCUAUUGAUGUCGGGAUGCAGCUAAUAAAUGUAGGUUUAAGUCAACAUAUCACUUGAACUCAUUGAGCCCUAUGCCCAAGGUAACUUUGGCUGGGGUCUAUGGGAAAUGCAUAUAGUGUACAGAAAUUUGAUUGUGAUCAAUGUGACAAUAACAAAAUUAGAGAGAAACGUAGUAUUUGAGUCUUUUGAUAUUAUCUUAAAACAAAGCCUAUGAACCAUGGGGUGAGGCAUUUAUUAUCAAUUUAUUUCAUGAAUAUUCAUUACUGAUGUGUUGUACAGAAUGAAUCCACUGCCAAAUUAUGUGUUUGGCCCUCUAUCGGUGAUGUCAUUACUCUAGUGUUCCCGCUUGCAUAGGAAUGAUGCAUGUAUGAAAAUGUGGUAUUUGUACAAGUACAUGUAAUCCAAUGGAGAGGGUUGAUUGUCAAGGGUCAAUGCAGAUAUGCCAAAUUUGUCUAUGAGAAUGUGUGUUAUAUCAUGUGCGAGUUGGCAUUUAAGCAUGACUCUUCUUAACUUUUUUUUUAACUCUGUAGAGCUCUAUUUUGAUUACUUUUUAUACGCACUGUACAUGUGCCAAGACCUUAAUCAUUUGUGGACAAUAGACAGUGAUGGCAUUACCAACUGAGGGUCAACGACCAUUGGAUGGGCACAUAGUAUGUACAAUGCUAAUGAUGUAAACCAUUGUUUUGAUGUUGAAUUUUGUUGAAGAUCCAGUAAUGAUUAUCACAUUUUUUGUUGUUGUAAACCUUUGGAGAUGUCUUUGUGUCAAAUGUGAAAAAAAAAUUAUUGUCCUGCAUCUUCUACGAGUUUUGGGAGAUUCCUGCACUGGACAUGCAUGAGCAGAAUGAUCGGGCAGGAGUGUCAUAACCUCAUCGAGGAAACGUUGCAUGACUGACCAUGCAUUCAGAGCAAAUUGUCAUUUUUCAAAAGUCACAGUCAUGGAUAACUUCUUAUAAUAAAAAACAGUAAAUAGCCUUGCAAGUUGCAGUCAUAUUAUCACCCUCAACUCCUUUCCUCCAUGGCACUCGUGGCUUUUAGAAAGUGACAUUUUGUCUUUGAUCAAUACUCCAUUGUGAAUGACUUGAUCGGUCAAUCUCAUUGUUCAAUUAUUAGUCAGUCUCUCUACACAAAAUUUAAUACUAUAUGGCAAAUUAUUUUGUGAACACUUACUUACGUUACUCAAACCAUUUUCAUUCACAAAAUAAGGUAAAUCUUGAUAAUAUGAGGACUUACUUUUGCUGUUGUGUUUAUAUUACACAGAGUUGAUCCUUUCACCAGGAAGUGAACGCCAACUGGGUGUCGUGUUAAAAAGACUUGUUAUAACAACAAAAGUACAAAUUCUGUAACAAGUUUACUGUCAGCCAAUCAAAUCGAAUGAUUUCAGAAGCUUGAAACCGUUAUUGUAAAUUUGUUAUUAUAGCAAGUUUUAUGAAACCGGCCCCGGGUGUUUGACUGUGUCAACUGCGUGACAUGGAAUUCUUUUUGUCGCACAGAAGUGUGUGCGGAGAUAACACAGAAUUUCAAUUUGAAUAAUGUAUUGAUAUGUAUGUGAAUAUAGAUAUUACAUAUCCUUAUAUCCUAAUAAAAACGAAGAAAAAUCAA